AUGGCAAAACGAAAUCUCCAGAGUAAGGCACGCUGUCGAUUACAGACAGGGAGGAUAGCUUAAUUUGAUGAUAAAUCAGUGUUCAGAUUUAAACACAUCAGCAUUUCUCAAAAGUAGUACGUCUGUUACAAAAGAUACAAUUUCCUACAUUUUAUAUUCCACGCUGAUAUUAUUAUUUCGGUCGUAGUCGUCACCCCUCCACGGAAAGAGAUGCUUCUCAGAGUUAAAAGACCUAACUUUGGGAUUCUCAAAUUAAUCGGGAUACUCUGUGACUAAUUGAAGAAGAAUCAAGAAAAACGAAUGCAGAAAAUAAUUUGUCGCAUCUCGGUCAUUUUUUCAUUUUGCACGGUAACCAAUAUACUUUUCAGUUAUAAUUCAUACAAUUUAUUAGUUUAUACCAUUCGCUGCUGGAAGAAUCAGCAAAGGGAGAGAAAGCUUCACGACACUGGAACACGAAAGAAUAGAAAAACUCGGGAAUAGACGAGAAGGACCAGGGAGAGACAGCGAGAGACGAGCUACGCGCACGGAGAGAAUAAUUAUGGGCUUGCGCAGAUCGUUCACCGGGGGUGGGGGUAGGUGGCUAAGGAGAAAUAAAGCCUCGAGCCCAGGCGGUGAAUGCGGCCACGGAUUGCGAAAUUUCCCCGGUCCGUUUCGUCCUCGCGAUCUGCAUUUAUUACCUGUUGUGGACAGCGACGCUGAGCCCGAAGCUUACCUUGGAACAGGAAACCAGUACCGCGAAAAACUGGGACUGCCCCGCAGAAUGCAUCUGCUUAUCUCCCAAGCAGGUCCUCUGCAAUACAGGUGGGUUAAAAGACAUUCCCACCCAGCAGCUGCCGCAAACAGUGGAGGAGCUCUCCCUGACAAAGAACAAUUUCCCGAUAAUAAAAGGCGACGCAUUCGCCGGCUUGAGAGUGCUACGAAAGCUGACGAUGGAUGGUAACAACAUCUCGACCAUACGGCCGUUCGCGUUCCGCGGCCUGAGCAAGUUACGCGAACUUUCCAUACAGCACACACCCCUGCCAUUCAUCGAGAAGUUCUCGUUCGCAGCCCUGCAAAACGUGUCGGUGCUGCUGCUGGCGAACAACAAAAUACGAUACAUCGAGGGCUACUCGUUCGCCGGGACAUCCAACAUCCGUCUGAUCUUACUGAGCAACAACCCGCUGCUCAGAAUCCAGAGCCACGCGUUCUCGGGCCUGACGAAUGUCGUUCGCCUGAUAUUCCCGUCAGGGAUAAGAACCAUCGAGCCGGACGCGUUCGACGGCCUUCAACACGUCUGGCUACUGAAGUUGACCUACAUGGACCUGUCUUCCCUUCAGUCGUACACGUUCCGCGGCUUGUCCUACGUGCAGUCGUUGAACAUCCAGGACAGCGACCUGGGCAUCGUCGAGAAGAACGCGUUCACCGGGCUCACGCACGUCGAUCGGCUGAACAUCGUGAACAACAAGAUCGACCUGAUCGAGAAAUUGUUUCUACAGUACGAGAGCAAUAUAGACACGCUGAGAUUCCACGGGAACCACGUGUUGGAGGCACCCCGCCACGUGAAGGACAUCAGCCUCGAGGUGAGCUCCAUCAGCGCCGUGGAUAAUCACUUCCCGUGCGACUGCCAGGCUCACAACGUGUUGGACAGCGACUUCGUCAACGGCACCGUGACCGAGUUCCAGAAGAGGAAUUAUUGCAUCUCGCCGAUCGAGUACAAUGGCAAGCCAAUGAAUCUCGUGGACUUCGGAUUGAUCGCCAGGUGCCACGACAACGUCGUGCAAGACAACCUCGGCUCCGGUGUCAUUGGAAUCCUCACCCUGCCAACCACUCUGUUCUUCGUUCUUCUGUUCUCCAUGAAUCUGUUCCAGUGAACCUCAACUGGUCUCUGGUUUUCGUAAAAUCGUUUUGCGAUUAUCGUUGAAACAGUUCGAAUCAUUCAUUUUCUAUUUCAAUGGAGAAGCUUAAUGUCACGACAUAUCAUCUGAUCUAAUUUCACGUCCCUGAUGGAUUUUCGUAGAAGAUUUCGGCAAAGACGAAGGGUAAAGAUGUGGUCAUCUUUUGAAAAUUAUUUAUCAACAACACACUACAGAUAUAUUUGAUAUAUGAUAGUAGUACUCAUACUGCCGCUGGUAAAUUAACGACAUUUCCUCCUUCAAUGGUUAGACGAGAAUUUUUGAAAGUAUACCACAUUCUUUUUCUGCAAAUUUUUUUCCCACUCGGAUGGAAGUUAUACACUUGUCUGUUUAUGUAUGUACAAUAGGUCGUCCCAUUGUAACACAGAUAGCCUGCGAAUUCAAAUGUUAAUUGUCGACGUUAUUUCAACGUGUACGCGAUAACACCGAGAUAACGACUGCACUGAUUACAGAUCCGAUUAGAGGCUUGACCAUUGUUGCAGCUCCACUCCGUGAGUUAAGAGAAACUUUUUUCCAACUCGUUCGAUUAUUAUAACUUGUACAAUCUUAAGCAUGCGACUAUGAGCUUUAACCGGCCCAUGUAACUGAGCUGGCGAAACCGCAUCCAUUCUGGAUUUAUCCCGUAAAUUAGAGGUGAUUUCUCGAAUAAGUGACUCGUUCACAUUUAUCAUAUCAUAUCGUGUUAACCCUUUGUUUUAUACAAACUUUCGUUCGAGAUUGAAAUGUUAGUUAAAAUGAAGGAAGUUCUCGAGCAACUCCUCGAAAUUUGAAUCAGUGUUAAUCUUAAUUCUCAUUAUAUAAUUGUUUAUGAUAUAAUAAUAUUGUACGAUUCUUUAUUUACAUUAUUUUUCAUGGGAAGUUGUUUCUCUGAGUCUUUCUUGGGUUUCUUGAGAUUGAUACCAGAAUGUGUUAAUUAUUUAAGAAAUUUGAUUCAUAUGCCUCAGUAUAGAUAUCUAUUGCUAUAAUCUUUUAAUGUAUAAUGAUUUUGAGUGUAUAAAGCAAAGAGUUAACGACCAGAGAUGAAUAGGUAAUUUACGUCGACGAUAAUGAAAGUAUAGGAAAUAAGAAUAUAAUAAGGUGAACUUAUUAUGUAAGAACCCAUUUUGGCGUGAGAGUAAAAUUUCCGUGAUUCGAGGCAAACAGCUUUGUCCUUAGAAGAAGUUUAACUCUCAGUAGAAUUUCCAAAAUGUUAUGAACUUUCCAAUGUUUCUUUCUAUCAUUUUUUGGGACACUACUUUCACUAUCGUUGAGUCGGAAAAAAUUUGUUAAAAACAUAUGUAUCUCGAUUCUCUGAGAGUUAAUCUCGACCAUUUGAAUUUUACAUGUGCGUUGUCUUCCUUGGGUAAACAAGUCGUUCCAAUUAAAAACUAAUAAAUUUUGUUAAUGUACACUUGAAACUAGCGAUGGGAAGUUCUCGAAAAGAAUAAUAUUCUUCAGAUUUUCUUUAUUUUAUUUUAUUAGUGUAACAACUCACAGGAUUCUCUUUCAUUGUCUCAUCACUUAUUUACAAGCAUUUCGCUGCAUAAGUUCCAAACUAAAAAUUCAAAAUCGUGCUUUUUAACUACAAAGGAAAAGGAAAAAGAGAAAUGUUUUUUCUCUGAUCAUUUGUAAUGUAAAGUCUGCGUGGCCUUCGGUCAGCAUAGUAACCGAGGACCAAACUAGCUUAUAUUUUUUACCAACAUCUACCAUAUAACGUAUAACGAAAAAUAACAAGCUCUGUAACAUUUAUUGUAGUUAGAAUGAUCUGUCAUUUAAUAAAUGAUUAAAAAAAAAAAAAAAA